UUGCUCGCUGCGGACGCGCGCUCCGCCGACUACGACGACGCGCCGACGGACAUCAGGCAAUCUCCUCGCAGCUGAUAACCGAUACCGUGGGGCGGGUCACUCGUGUUGCGUCACGCGCCUUUUUAUUUCUCUCAAGUGGACAUAGGGAAGAUAGCCGCGGCUGUCGCCCAGUGCUUCUUUUCCGCCAGAGGCGCGAGACAGGAGACAGGUGUCUGUGUGCGCGGGUGCUCCACCCAGCGACUGCCUGCAGUUGCCGAGUGACAGAAACGAGAGAGAGCAGUUCCGUUUGUGGCAGUUCGAGGGCUUGCCAUCACCGUUCCGACAAAGACGUCCUCCGAGAGUACAAGCAGCAUGGGAUACCGCCUACUCGUCUUGUGGACGAUAAGCUGUCUCUGCAUCCACUCGUCACUAUGCGAGGUCAAGCGACAGUAUCACAGUGAGGAAGAAUUUGAUAAUGGCGAAGGGCAUUGGGCUGUUCCUGACAGUGUAGCUUUGGAGGCUGCAGACAUGUUGAAUACCAGUAACAGACAACCAGGAGAUUUUGUUAAUGCAACUGAACUUGUUGAAAGUCCCCAUGUAGUUGACCUUGGUGGAAAAACACAUGAAGAAAGUGGAAAUACGACGACCUCACCAAUGGAAGAGACAUGUAAAGUACCAAUAGACUGGCUAAAAGGCUUUCAAGAAAUAAUUAAGGAUUACAGAUUCUCGGACGACUGGUUAAAGAAUCCAAGGGGUGUGCCCCUGAUAGACUGCAGUGCUUUAGUGAUCAACACAGAAACAAAGCUUCAAUGCCCUCUGCCAUCAGUCAACAAAACAAAUGAAACAAAUGUCUCAAGUUUUACCAUCAGUCUAACAGAUGUGGACAUAAACUUUUCAGAUGAUGUAAAUUUUCCUCUUUGUCCACUAUUAGAGAAACUUCUCAAUCCAACAUUCAAUUGCUCUGAUAGGAUAGAGGGCAAUCUGAGAAUCACAGUGUGCCAUAUUCCAAAGCAGUGGCUAAAAGACCAAACUAUUAUAACAAAACUCAACUGCACAAACAAUGGAAAUACAACAACUGGAACAGAAACAUGUAUAAUUUCCAAGGAAAUCGUCCAGAAAAAUAUGACCCAUAUGAUGGACUGUGAAUCCUCAGAUGACAAUGGAAUAGAGUGUUUAGUCCCCAAAGGAUGGCUGAAAUAUAAUGUAUUUUCCAUUUUGUCUUGCACUGAGCAUGAAAAUGAUACUUUAAGGAAUUGCCUAUUUCCAAACAAUUUAAUAACUACUGAUACCCCAACGGAAAACUGUGCAACUACAAAAGAUGGCAAUUCAACAGACUGUCCUAUUUACACUGGCAUAAACUGUACAAAAAAUAGUAAUACCACAAAAUUACAGUGUUGGACACCACACGAAUGGCUGGCAGAAGUGGACAAUGCAGCAAAAUUAAAUUGCACAAAUGCUAACAACAACAGUACACAGAAAGUCUGUAGUAUUCCAAAAGAAUGGCUACGAGGUCAACUGGAAAAUUCCAGUGAAAAUACCACUGGAAAUACCACUAAUGAAACAAUAUGUUACAUUCCUAAGCAGCUGUUAAAUGACAAGAGUAACAUGACUCAGCCAAACUGUUCAUCAGAUAAUCUUACGAUGACUUGCCAGAUUCCAAAUGAAGCCUUCAACAUCACAACAAUGUGCCCACUGUUUGAAGAAAUUAAAGAAACAUCAGAUGCACUACGUUGUGUGAUACAGUAUGAAGGAAAUUUCACCACUUUUGUUUGUCCCGAAUCAGAAGAUCAAGCAUUACAGAAUGAGACAGAAAGCUGUAACACAUCAACAGAAGUACUAAACAUCAGUUCUACAGAUGCUGAGACAGGAACAGAGGACAGUUCUACUACAGAGGAUACAAAAACCAACUCCAGCCAAACAACAGAACAAUAUCAUGCAAAUGUGGACAAUUCUUCUGAAAUAUCUACGGUAGCAGUGCCAUACCUCGUAGACACAACUACAGAAAGUCAUUCUAAUUCCAACAACGUAUCAGUAAAGCUUAACACUGUAAAAGAUGAAGAUGCAUCAAGUGGAGGUGUGAACUAUGAAGAAACUGAGCAUAAUCAAGGCAGUGAAAUAGAAAUAGCUCAGUCAAGCAAUGAACCAAAUACUAAAAUUUCUCCAGCUGCACCUGGGCAGGCAGAGUCAAAGUCAGAUUCAGUACACGAGAACGAGGUUGUACAGUAUGAGGCAGCUGCUGCAUUGUCACAGCUACACACUGCACACACACAUGCUACAGUAAAUGAACAAACAGUUACAUUUUUACGCCCCACAGAAUCUGCAGCCAUACUUGUUGGGGUAUUCAUUGCAUUUGCUGUGCUAGGGUAUGCUGGACUGCUGAUAUGGAGAAGAAUGCUUGAGAAACGUUAUGGAAACAGACAGCUCCUAAUAAAUGAAGAUGAUGAUUUCAGCAAUGCAAAUAAUUUUGAGAUGCCAAUGUAUGAACUGCAAGAGCGUUUUUGGCCACGGGGGGUUGACAGGGGAAUCUCAAGUUGUGACAACACACAGAAGUCACUUAACAAGAAAUAAACCUGUUGAUGAUGUGAUCCUGCAUGCAGGUUCUUCAAUGUCCCAGCAUAUCUGUGAUACUUACGUGUGAAUGUGUGUGUUCUGUGAUGAACUGAAAUAUAGUGCUAUUUAAGUUAAAGUCAUGUACAUAUUAAAUUACAAAUAAAAGUUGCAAAACCCUUUGGCUUUUUCAUGUUUAACAUAAAGCGUGUAUGUACAAUUUUCAUACAAAAUUGUCUUUUAUUAAAUAUUAGAAUUUCAAGAUUUCUGA